CCCGGACACCGCGUUGUCAGCCACUCUUCACUCUUCAGUCUUCAGUCGUCCGCAAGAUGGCGUUGUGGAAAGUAACGUCCGCGCUCCUGGUGGUAGCCCUGGGGAUAUUUACUGUACAAGGCCAGCUGAAGGUUGAGCCAGUGACUGAGAUCUGUCUGGGUUGUAUCUGUGAGGCUGUGUCCAACUGUAACCGCUCCCUCCAGUGUACCGGGGACGUCUGUGGAAUCUUCCGCAUCACUUGGGCCUACUGGGCAGACGCCGGCAAACCUCUCCUCACACCCCAGGAGGACGUCAACGCCGCCGACGCUUACACAAGAUGUGUCAAUGACCCCCCUUGUGCUGGUAAAACUGUCACUGGAUACAUGAACAAGUUUGCUCAGGAUUGCAAUGGAGACGGAGUUGUCAAUUGUUACGACUACGCAGCCAUUCACAGACAGGGAGGGUACGGAUGCCGCAGCCCCCUCGAUGCCCAAUACCAGGACAAGUUCCAAAACUGCCUCAAACAAGUCGAGCCUUACCUCAACCAAGGAUAAACCUCCGCAGCAACAGCCAUUCAAAUUCUGCUUCUAAAUGUGUGUUAGAGUAACAAACAAAGUGACAACUGAAAUUAAGUAACCAGUGACAAAGUAAUAUUUAUUAAAGAUUAUUUUGAGAGGUGCCUGAAAUUGGAGAGUGUGGUGAAAAUUUUACUUUAAGAUAAAGAGUAAACAUUGUCCAUAGUAAUUUUACAAAAACCAAUAAAAGUUUUAAAAUAUCGACUAAAACUUUUGUGAGUUUUGACGUUUCCAAAAACAAUAAUGACAUUUUCUGAUAUUCAAUUCAAUUAUGAGGAAGGAAAAUAUACAUUGGAUAAUGAAUUGUAGAUAAGUAUAUUUAUUUUAUAGUUGUAAGAAAAAAAUGAGAAGUCAAGAUACAGUAGAGGAUAGAAUAGAAUAUGAUAAAAUCCCCUUCUACAUGUGCCAAAUUAAUUAGACUCUUAAAUAAAAAUCUGAAGGGAACAAUUAAACUACAAGCAAGAAUAUUUUAAUAAAAGUUUUGCUUGAAUUGAUAACUUGUAGCUGGAUUUUGAGGAAUAAAAACACAUAAAAUAACAAAAUGAAGGUUUUCAAAAAUUGGUUUUAGUAUUGGUAAAGCUGUGAAUUUUAUAUCCGAACCGAAUGUGUGUUAAGAUUUAAAACCUUAUGACAAUUAAUUAUAAACUGGUAAAUAUAA